AUGGCGACAAUCAAGAGAGCAAUUUAUCUUGUCCUCUUUGCAGUAGCAGCUCCAUACUUCUACGAUCGCUACCUCGCGUUCUCGAAUAUCGUAGCCAAUGGCCCUGGGAAACUCGAGCCUGUUUAUGCAUUCAGCAGUCACGAACUCAAAUUCACGGAUAAACUCAAGAAUUGCGAAGACUUGAUUCUGCAUGAAGAGCUGGGCAUUGCAUUUCUGAGCUGCGAUCCUGGCCGCGAUCGAUGGAACACCGUCAUGGGCCAUUUCCAUACCCCACGCUUAUCUCAACCUCAAGGCACAAUAUGGGUAUACAACUACGCCUCAACCCCCGACACAAUCACUCCAUUAUCAUUCAUCAACUUCCCCCGCGAGGACGACUUCCACCCUCUAGGAAUUCUCUUCGACCCCAAAACAUCUCGUCUCUACGUGAUAAACCACUCCCGCCAUUCCGGCAGCGUGAUCGAGAUAUUCGAACUCUCCCUCACAAACCACACCGCCACCCAUGUCCAAACACUCUCGCACCCGCUCCUGCACACGCCAAACUCAAUGGAGAUCUUGGACAGCGGGAACCUACUCGUCACAAACGACCACUACCUCCGCGCCGCCGUGUCCCCAGCGCUAUCCAAAAUCGAGACCUUCUCCGGUAUUCCAGGCGGAACGAUCGUAUCCAUCUCGCCCAGCUCCCCGGAGACCGCGAAGAUAUUAGCUAGAGUCUCGUUCGCCAACGGCAUUGCGAAACUCAACGAGACGACCAUCGUGGUGGCAAGUUCGGCGAAACCGGGGUUGUAUAUCUACCACCUCACACCCACCGGCGACUUCGAAUUGGCCAAGUUCGUGCGCACGCCGUCUGGGCCGGAUAAUCUUUCUGUUGAUGCGCAUGGCAAGGUUUUAAUUGCGGGCCAUCCGUAUGUGCCGACGCUCAUGCAGGUAGCGGAAGGGAGGUGGAAGUGCGAUGAGGAUGAGACGGAAGAGGAGAGGAGGGCGUGUGGGUGUUGGGCGGGGAGUUGGGUGGGUGAGUGGAGUGAGGAGGAGGGUGUGAGGACGUUGUUGAAAGCUGGCGGAGGAGAGGUGUGUAGUAGUAGUUCUGCGGUGAGGGAUGUUGGGAGGGGGAUUGGGAUGGUGAGUAUGUUGUAUGGAAGAGGUCUUGUUGUGUUUAGGGAGUAG